UUGAGGACAUCUCCUCGCCGAUCUCCUCGCUGGGACCUCCGGGGUGGCGAAAACCAAAACCCCUGGGGAGAAGAGAGAUCGAUGCCCAUUGCUACGUUGGAAGAGAAGGCACCUCUCCUCAUCGCCUAGAGUCUCUAUUCACCCUUUCUGUCGCCAUCUCUGGGCGGUAUGGCCGACACCCUGAGAAGACUGAUCAACAACGAGACCUGCAGGAUUUUACAGGAGAAGCUGGAAAGUUGGUAUAAAGACUAUCACAUUAAUUCAUGUGAUCAAAAUUUGACUCUGUGCUGUGAAAUCAUGAAAUUGAACUCCAUGAUUCAGGGACAAUUGUUUUCGAUUCUCAAUCAAGCUUGUCGAGAAGGUGGCAAUUAUGCGGGUAUGGAAAUAAUAAAAUCUCAUCUCCUCCCAUGGCUGGGUACUUGUUUUUCUAGCCCCCCUUCUGGAAGGACCUUUGACACCUCUUCUUCUAUCUUACAGGAAUCUCUUGAGAAAGACAGACUGCUGAGAGAACUCAGCAGUGCUCGGAACCAUGAAGUUCAACAACUGGAAAAAGAAUUGAAUGCUACCCGGUUACAGCUCAGUUUGGUGCAGCAAGAUCUUACAGAAGCCCAGUUGGCUCUUGAGGACACAAAGACCAAAUCAGCCACUACUCUUUUGGCAGCAGAAGAUGAAAUUGUUCAGCUAAAAACAGACCUAAAGGCUUCUCGUGCAAAAGAAGAUUGCACUUUGCAAAAUCUAGAGCGGCUGAGUGACUAUGAGAAUCAGCUUCAAACGCUGAAGAAUGAAAUUGCUAUCCUUAGUGCUCAGAAGUCUCUUCUUCAAAGCAGGCUUGCACGAAGUCAAUCUCCUUCUCCAAGAUCUGCCCGAAGUAGAUCACCUAGUCCACUUCCAAUACGAGGCUUUUCACCUGGACGAGGGAGAUUUACACAUGCUUCGCGCCAUGCUCGUCUUGUGGAACAUUUCUGUAACAUUUAUGCUCAGGAACGCCUCGAUGCUCAAAGCCUCUUGAGGAGCUAUAUUGAUGAUCUGGAAAUGGUGCAGAGAAUAAUCUAUGUUGCAGUUGAGGAGUCCUUCCGUGCAGCAAAGAUGGCCUUCAGACAGUUCAAAAUGCGUGUUAGAAAGACACUGUCUCUAAGUUACUCAGGGCCUGAACCACUUGAAGAUAUGGUGAUGGACUAUAUCAUUCGUCAGGAAGACCUGUAUGAUGUUCAAUCCAGUGUCAAUGUAAGUCUGGGACAAAGUUAUAUUGCUUAG